CUACAGCAUAAGCAUAGGAAAAAAAAUAAACAUCAAUGAAUUGUUACCCAAAAGUGUGUGUUACCGGAGGUUCUGGUUAUAUUGGUUCAUGGCUUAUAAACAAGCUUUUACAUAGAGGCUAUACUGUCCAUGCAACUUUGAGAAACUUGAAAGAGGCAUCGAAGGUUGACUUACUAAAGUCCUUCCCAAAUGCAGAGAGCAACUUGGUUCUUUUCGAAGCUGAUUUAGACAAAAACAAUGACUUUGAAGAAGCAAUUCAUGGCUGUGAAUUUGUUUUUCAUAUUGCUACUCCUAAGUCAUCUCAGUAUAAAGACAAGGCUGAAGCAACGGUGGCCGGAGCGAAAAAUAUAGUGGAAUCUUGCAUUAGAUCAAAAACUGUUAAGCGUCUGAUCUACACCGCAACAGUUCUGGCAGCUUCUCCAUUGAAUGAAGAUGGAAAUAGCUUCAAAUGUUGUAUGGAUGAAUCAUGUUGGACUCCUCUUGAUUUAUCAUUUUCUUGUGCCAGUGACCAUAACAUGGGUUAUACUAAAGGAAAGACAUUAGCAGAGAAAGAAGUUUUGAGGUAUAACAAUAUGAAACUAGAUGGUGCCAAUUUUGAAGUGGUUACUCUUGCUCUUGGGCUAGUAGGAGGAGACACUUUGACAUCUCAUGUGCCAUCUACCAUACAAGUGAUUUGUUCACCAAUUUCAGGGAAUGUAUGGGGUUAUAAUCAUGGUUUGAGGUUCCUUCAACAAGUUUUGGGUUCAAUUCCUAUUGUGCAUGUUGAUGAUGUUUGUGAAGCUCAUAUCUUUUGCAUGGAAAAUUCUGAGGCCAAAGGUAGAUUUCUUUGUGCAGUUGCCAAUCCAACUAGUAGAGAUAUUGCUCUCUACUAUCAACAACAUUACCCUCAAUUUAAGAUUGAUGAUAGAUUUAUGGGGGAAACAGAAGAAGAGAUAAAGUUUGAUUCCUCAAAGUUGUCAAAGCUGGGUUUUGAUUAUAAAUAUGAUUUGAAGAAGAUAUUAGAUGAAAGCUUAGAAUGCGGCAAGCGUUUAGGAGAGAUCUUUCUCCCAUAAAGACUCGUUACAUUAGGAGAAACUGGAAUAAAUUGGCAAUAACGUUUUUCUCCUUAA